CCUUCUCCCUUUGGAAACUUUCAACUGCCCGGAGUCCUCGGACGGCGUAUCCGACUGGAAAGACACAUAAUGUCUGCUUCCUUGAGAUUCACCCGAAGGGUGUGGAAAUCAUUCAUAGACAACAAAGGGCAUGAUGCUCAGUGUUUUCCGAAUCUUGUCAUUCACCGCGCAGUCCCCGGAACGGUUGAUUUUUCGCUGAAGAUAGAUCAAUCUAAUUUAAACAGAGUAGGGACCGUGCACGGCGGCCUAAUCCUGUCGCUGACUGAUACCCUUGGCUCGCUCGCUGUUGCAAGCAAAGGUCACUACAUGACUGGCGUUUCAACCGAUAUUGGUGCAUCCUUUAUACGACCUGCAGGCAGGACAGGCGAUACCCUUCAUGCACGAGCCACACUUACUGCCAUGGGGAAAUCCUUGGCCUAUACUCGUGUAGAUUUUACCAAUUCUGUAGGCGAUUUAGUGGCGUAUGGAUAUCACACGAAAUAUGUUGGGAAAUCGUCGUCUGACCCUAACAACGUGAAGUUUUCGGAAGAUGGCGAACAAGUAAUAGAAGGGAACGACGUUGACUGAUAUAUUUUUUAUUUUUACUGUGAUCGUACCAAGUUUUAGAAAUAACAACAUUCACUUCGCACAGAUGAUCUGUGGCAUAAACAA